AUGGCGCAGAACGGAAGUCGAGCAAGCGAUGUAGAUACUAAAAGUGACGAUCCAGAGGUCCCCGGGGAGGUAUCAAAAAUAGGCACGCCAUUGCGUUGCCCACCUUUUUGCCCCGAAGAGGCAGCCUUAUGGUUUGCGCAACUAGAAGGACAUUUCAUUCUAUCUAAAAUAAAUAGCGAUACUACAAAAUUUUACUUCGUUACGACGCAAUUAGAGACGAAAUACGCCCUACAAGUCAAAGACAUCAUAACGAAUCCGCCUGCUGUAAAUAAAUAUGACAAAUUGAAGACGGAGUUAAUUAAUCGCCUUUCUGCGUCUCAGGAAAAGCGCAUUCAACAAUUACUGAGCCACGAGGAGUUAGGCGACCGCAAACCUUCACAAUUUCUUAGACAUUUGCAGAAUCUGGCUGGACCUUCGGGGGCUUCUGACUUCAUCAAGAGUAUCUGGACAAAUCGCUUACCCCAAAACAUACAAACCGUAAUCGCGUCUCAAAUUGCAGAACUUGAGGUAGAAAAACUGGCAGAAAUCGCAGACCGCGUACACGAAAUAGUUCCCGCAGCACCUCAAGUCGCAACUGCUUCGGCAUCCAGCAGCAGUAACGCUGACAUGGCGAAAGAGAUACAGUUUCUUGUGGACACGGGUUCUGACUUAAGCGUUUUUCCUCGAUCCGCCGUUAAGACGCCGUGUAAGAAAUCUAAAUACGACCUGGUAGCAGCUAACAAUACAGUCAUCCACACAUACGGUCCGAGACAACUACACCUGAACCUUGGACUCCGAAGAAACUACACCUGGAACUUUACCGUAGCAGAUGUUUCACGACCUAUUAUUGGAGUUGACUUCUUGAGCUUCUACAAUUUACUUGUAGACUGUCGAAACCAACGCCUUAUUGACAACGUGACAUCACUCUCAGUUCCAGCUACAAAUAUCCGAUCUGUGGAAGAUAUUGCAUCUGUAAAAGCGGUAGUCGGAGAGACGCCAUACCACCAAAUACUACGGGAGUUUCCAGAAAUCACGCGACCCCCAGGAAUACACUCAUCAGCUAAGCAUAACACGCUUCACCAUAUCAGGACAACGCCAGGACCUCCAGUUUCAUGCAAGCCUCGACGCCUCGACCCGACACGAAUGCAAAUAGCUAAAAAAGAAUUUGAAGACAUGCUUACAAGCGGCGUAGCUCGGCGUUCAGAGAGUUCUUGGUCUUCUGCUUUACACCUGGUGAAGAAAAAAGAUGACGGUUGGAGACCCUGCGGGGACUAUAGAGCAUUAAAUUCCAGAACGAUCCCCGACAGGUACCCCAUCCGACAUAUACACGAUUUUUCUUACCAGCUCUCAGGGUGUUCAAUCUUUUCAACAAUUGAUUUAGUCAAAGCCUAUAAUCAAAUAGCUGUAAAUCCAGAAGAUAUUCCGAAAACAGCAAUAACUACACCUUUUGGCCUUUACGAAUUUCCGUAUAUGACGUUUGGCUUGAGAAACGCGGCCCAGACCUUCCAAAGGUUCAUGGAUGAAGUCUUACUUGGUCUUGAUUUUUGUUACGGAUACAUUGACGACAUCUUAGUUUUCUCCGCAUCUCCUGAAGAGCACAAGGCCCACUUACGCCAACUGUUUGAGCGCCUGCGACACUACGGUGUCGUUAUAAACUCAUCGAAGUCUAACAUUGGCCAGUCUGAAGUAGUCUUCCUUGGAUACCGUGUAUCGUCUGAGGGUACUAAACCUCUGGAGUCUAAAGUCGAAGCAAUAGUAAACUAUCCAGUACCCAAGACGGUAAGAGAGCUGCGACGGUUUCUAGGAAUGAUUAAUUUCUACCGACGCUUCGUUCCUAAUGCUGCGCAUCUACAAGCUCCCUUGAAUGCCCUCCUAGCUGGUCCAAAUACCAAAGGAUCUCAACCAGUGCAAAUGACUCCAGAGCUACUAAAGGCAUUUGAAGAGUGCAAGUCGUCACUGUCAACAGCUACUCUUCUAGCUCAUCCGGAUGCAUCAACAGAAUUAGCAAUAGUGACAGACGCAUCGGAUUCUGCUAUAGGCGCGGUGCUGCAACAGAAAAAAAAUGGCGUAUGGCAACCUUUAGCUUUCUAUUCGCACAAGCUUAGCAGCGCGCAAAGAAAAUACAGUCCGUAUGAUCGAGAGAUGUUGGCUGUCUACGAAGCCAUUAAAUAUUUCAGGCAUAUGGUCGAAGCGAGAGUAUUUGCCGUUUUCACUGAUCAUAAGCCACUUACCUUCGCCUUUAAACUGAACAGAGACAAGAACUCGCCAAGACAAUUCCGGUACCUCGAUUUCAUUGGACAAUUCACAACGGAUAUAAGGUACUUACCUGGAAAGGAAAACGUAGUCGCAGACGCACUGUCCCGUAUCGAAGGGAUAACACCAGCUAUCAACUUUGAAGAACUCGCACGAUUUCAGGAAGAAGAUCCUGAACUGCAAGACCUCCUUCUUCACGGCUCCACGUUGAAACUGAAAAAGAUGGCUACACCUAACAAUAACUUACCUGUUUACUGCGACACUUCUGUACAGACGCCUCGUCCAUAUUGCCUUACCGUCAUCGAUAGGUUCACGCGAUGGCCUGAGGCGUAUCCCUUAAAGGACAUGACAGCAGAGACCUGCGCAGCUGCUCUAGUAUCUGGGUGGAUAGCUAGAUUCGGCUGUCCUUCACGGGUGACUACAGACCGCGGCCGAAACUUCCAGAGCCAUCUCUUCAAGGAACUCACCACCCUGAUUGGCGCACGUCACUUCGUCACCACAGCCUACCAUCCAGCUGCUAACGGCAUCAUAGAACGGCUACAUCGUCAACUGAAGGCGGCUAUCAUGUGCCACACCUCUUCACAAUGGACGGAAGCCCUUCCAGUAGUCCUCUUGGGUAUGCGAAGCUCAUGGAAAGAAGACAUUCAAGCGACGCCUGCUGAACUCGUCUAUGGAGAAGCUCUUCAACUACCCGGACAGUUCCUAUCUCCGAAGCAAGAUUUUACUACAAGCGACGUCACUCAAUAUGCCACCCGUCUUCGGUCUUAUAUGGCCCAACUCACUCCCAAACCUACUUCUUGGCAUACAACUUCACCAUUUUAUAUUCCCAAAGACCUAAAUACUUGUUCACAUGUUUUUCUCCGUCGAGACCAUGUUCGAAGUUCACUAGAACCCCCUUACAGCGGACCUUUCAAAGUCUUGAAAAGGCAACCGAAAUUCUUCUCCAUUGAUAUCCACGGGAAACCAAACAAUGUAUCCAUCGAUAGACUGAAACCGGCAUACGUCGCGAGAGAAACAAAGGUUCCAGAGAUAGACGCAACACCUACGUCAUCAACUUCCACUGCUACUCCUAGCACCACUGAAGCGAAGAGGACAAGAAGUGGCCGGCUCGUCAAGUUCCCUGAUUAUUAUCGACCGUAG